UUCAGGUAGGAGGUCCUGAGUGACUUUGGAUGUCCGCUCCUCCCAGGUGCGGUGAGUGCUUAAUCUCCAGCGUUGCGGCUUAGUUUUUCUCUCGGUUUGGAAUCGAGGCUGCUGUCGCAACCAUGCUCCGCCAGAUCAUCGGUCAGGCCAAGAAGCAUCCUAGCUUGAUUCCCCUUUUCAUGUUUAUUGGAGCAGGAGGGACUGGAGCAGCACUGUAUGUCAUGCGCCUGGCAUUGUUCAAUCCCGAUGUCAGUUGGGACAGAAAGAAUAACCCAGAACCCUGGAACAAACUAGGUCCUAAUGAUCAGUACAAGUUCUACUCUGUGAAUGUAGAUUACAGCAAACUGAAGAAAGAAGGUCCAGACUUCUAAAUGAAAUAUUUCACUAUAAAGCCGAUUAGAAUGAAGGUCUUCCAGAAGCCAUCCGCACAAUUUUCCACUUAACCAGGAAAUAUUUCCCCUCUAAAUGCACGAAAUCAUGUUGGUGUAUUGUGUUGGGGGUUACACUGAUGAAUAAAUAGUCUGAAACUUGA